AUGGCGGAUCCAUAUUCCUUCAGAGGUGGAAGGAGAGCUGCAGGGUCCAGCAAAACCAGCGCAAGCAAAGAAGGCAGCAGGACAGAGAUGAGGGUAAAUCCGACCCCUGAGCCCCCCAAGCUGGGAAACGCAACCAGCGACAAAACAGAAGGCAAGAAGAAAGGGAGACCUAAGGCAGAAAACCAGGUGCUGAAAGACAUUCCUCUGCCCCUGAUGAACCAGUGGAAAGAUGAGUUCAAGGCCCAUUCCAGGGUGAAGUGCCCCAAUUCAGGCUGCUGGCUGGAGUUCCCCAGUAUUUACGGCCUGAAGUACCAUUAUCAGCGCUGCCAAGGGGGGGCGAUCUCGGAGAAGCUGACUUACCCUUGCUCUUACUGCGAAGCUGCCUUCACAUCCAAAACCCAGCUGGAAAAGCACAGGCUCUGGAACCACUUGGAUAGGCCGGGACCAGCUAGCAAAGCAGAAAACAAAGUGCAGAAAGCCGUUGGCAAGGCCAGUGGCAAGAAAAGAGCUGCUGAGAGUUCAGAUUCCCCCACCAUCCAUCCCAAACAGGCCAAGGUGGAGAAGACUGUGGUCCCCGAGAAUGGAGAGUGCCUGGUGGAGAGCAGGAAGAACAAAGUAUUUCAGAUCACGGCAGCGGAGGCCGUAGCAGCAGCUACCCCGACGGCCAAGUCUUCGAGCUGCAAGGAUCCCCAACAGCAAGGGGGCACGCAGGCUUCCCUCCAGGAGGAGGACCCAGAGAGGAUGAAGCACAGAAGGAAACAGAAAACUCCUAAGAAAUUUACCGGGGAGCAACCGUCCAUCUCUGGGACAUUUGGAUUGAAAGGCCUGGCAAAAGCAGAGGACAAGGCAAAGGCCCAUCGAGCCAAGAAACUGGAGGGGACCAGCAACACAGAUGAGCUGAAAAAGAAGCCUCCAGGAGCUGGUGUGAAAAGGGAGGCCGUGGCGCAUUUAUCCUCAGCAAACCCAGAGGACCAAUGGCAGCGGGAGAUCAAUGAGAAAGGAGAAGUUGCCUGUCCUACGUGUGGCGUUAUAACCAGGAAAACCAUUGUUGGGCUCAAAAAGCACAUGGACGUCUGUCAAAAACUGCAGGAUGCCUUGAAAUGUCAACACUGCAAAAAGCAGUUCAAGUCCAAAGCUGGGCUCAACUAUCACACCAUGGCUGAGCAUGUCAACAAGCCUGGUCCUGUGGAAACCGCUGGAGUUGGUGAACAGGAAGAGCGGGAAAGGCUGAGGAAAGUGCUAAAGCAGAUGGGGAAACUGAAAUGCCCCAACGAGGGUUGCACAGCCAACUUUUCCAGUCUGAUGGGGUACCAGUACCACCAGAAACGGUGUGGGAAGCAGCCCUCUGAAGUGGAGAAGCCCAUAUUCACCUGCCCACAUUGCAGGAAGAAGUAUAAAUCCAAGGCAGGACAUGACUACCACGUGCGGUCGGAGCACACUUCUUCGCCUCCCGAGGAGCCAAAGGUGAAGCCAGAGGCCAGCCCAGUAGAAGAUUUUGAAAGGACUCCUAGUGGUAGAAUCCGGCGCACAUCAGCCCAAGUAGCAGUCUUCCACCUGCAGGAGAUAGCUGAGGACGAACUGGCCAAGGACUGGACCAAACGAAGGAUGAAGGACGACCUGGUACCUGAAACCAAGCGACUAAAUUACACCCGGCCGGGGCUUCCGAAGUUAAAUCCGAGGCUGUUGGAAACCUGGAAAAAUGAAGUGAAGGAGAAAGGACACAUCAACUGCCCCAAUAACAGCUGUGAAGCCAUCUACUCCAGCGUUUCUGGCCUGAAAGCCCACCUGACUAACUGCAACAAGGGAGACCACUCUGUUGGGAAGUACCGGUGCCUUCUCUGCCAGAAGGAGUUUAGCUCAGAAAGUGGAGUCAAGUACCAUAUCCUCAAGACUCACUCAGAGAACUGGUUCCGAACCUCUUCAGAGGCAGCCCGGAAGAAAAAGAACAGGGACCAGAUUUCCUCUAGCCAGGAGGAGAAAAAGAAAAGCACAACUGGAAAGAAAAGGGGGAGGAAACCCAAGGAAAGGCCCCCGGAAGCGUCUCCGAAAGGCAAAGAGAGCUCGGCAGCAAAGACUAAUCAUAAGAAAGCCACAGAGCCCUGGGAAGGAUCCAACUGCAGCCCCGAAGGGAGAGAGAGAGGCACCAAGCUACCCACCAACAGGAAAGGGGGAGCCAGUAAGAUGCCUGAGAAAUAA